CGCGGCCAUGGCGGCGGUAGUGUAGCUGGGAGCGGGCGGCGCGGGGCCACCAUGAUCAUCGAGAGCGUAGACGCGCUCAAGUCCUGGCUGGCCAAGCUGCUGGAGCCCAUAUGUGAUGCUGACCCCUCAGCCUUGGCCAACUAUGUGGUGGCAUUAGUCAAGAAGGACAAGCCCGAGAAGGAGCUGAAGGCUUUCUGUGCUGACCAGCUGGACGUGUUCCUGCAGAAAGAAACUUCAGGGUUUGUAGAUAAACUCUUUGAAAGUCUGUACACCAAAAGUUACCUUCCUUCUGCUGAGCCCACAAAGGCAGAGGCAAAGCCUGCAGGGCAGGAGAAAGAAGAAGUCAAGGAGGAGUUGUGUGUUAAACAGAAUUUUCAAGAGUCUGUUGAAGAAGAGCGGGAGAGCAGGAAGAAGAAGUAUUCCAGUCCCCAGAGGAGCCGUACAGAUUCCAGUGAGCAAAGAACCAGAGAGAAAAAGCGGGACGAUGGGAAGUGGAGGGACUAUGACAGGUACUAUGAUAGGAGUGACUUGUACAGGGAGAAGUCUGGCUGGCGCCGGGGCAGGAGCAAGAGCCGCAGCAAGAGCAGAGGGCUGAGCCGGAGCCGCAGCCGCAGCCGGGGCCGCAGCAAGGACCGGGAUGGCAGCAGGAGCGGGCUAGUUCAGGUCUGUCGGAAAAGUAAGUGGCACAGAUUACAGCAUUCCACGCACCUUGAGACCGCGUUAGUUAAGGGCAGAGAGCACCGAGAGAGAGAGAGAUCAAAAUACAAGAGUGAAAAAAAUGAUGUUGAAAGCUCAUAUAAUCCGGUGUCCGCGACUCCCAGUAAAUCCUCUGAACAGUAUUCGUCUGCACAAGCUAUUCCCAGUGCUGUAACUGUAGUUGCACCUGCGCACCACCUUGAAGGCACCACGGAGAGCUGGUCAAAUUACUUCAACAAUCACAGUAAUCCCAGUUCAUUUGGCAGAAACCCUCCUCCUAAAAGAAGAUGUCAAGACUAUGACGAGCGAGGCUAUUGCGUCCUGGGCGAUCUCUGCCAGUUUGAUCACGGAAACGAUCCUUUGGUGGUAGAUGAAGUCUCCUUGCCCAGCAUGAUCCCGUUCCCGCCGCCGCCGCCGGGGCUGCCGCCGCCGCCGGGACUGCUGCUGCCGCCGCUGCCGGGGCCGGUGCGCGGGCUGCGCCUGCCGGUGCCGCAGCCGCACCCGCAGCCCCCGCCGCCCGUCGUGCUGCCCGUCCCGCGCCCACCUUUAACGCAGUCCAGCCUGAUCAACAGUCGUGACCAGCCGGGGACAAGCGCAGUGCCCAGCCUUGCGCCCGUGGGAGCGAGGCUGCCUCCUCCUCUGCCUCAGAACCUGCUCUAUACAGUGUCAGAACAUACAUAUGAGCCAGAUGGCUAUAACCCUGAAGCUCCUAGUAUUACCAGUGCUGGUAGAUCUCAGUAUCGGCAGUUCUUUACAAGAGCACAAAUGCAGCGUCCAAAUCUAAUUGGCCUAACAUCUGGGGAGAUGGAUACAAACCCUCGAGCUGCCAACAUUAUCAUCCAAACUGAACCUCCCAUUCCCAUUACAAAUAACAGCAGCAAUGUCACUAGAGUUGUCCUGGAACCAGACAGCAGGAAGAGAUCUCCAAGCAGCAUGGAGUGUCCACCAUUGAAGAAACCCUGGUUGGGAAAGCAAGUGAAUAACAAUCAGAAUAAGCCAGGAUUUUUGAAGAAGAAUCAGUAUACUAAUACAAAAUUAGAAGUUCGAAAAAUUCCACCAGAAUUGAACAAUAUUACACAGCUCAAUGAACACUUCAGCAAAUUUGGAACUAUUGUAAACAUUCAGGUGGCUUUCCAGAACGAUCCCGAAGCCGCUCUCAUUCAGUACCUGACCAACGACGAGGCGAGGAAGGCCAUUUCCAGCACGGAGGCGGUGCUGAGCAAUCGCUUCAUCCGGGUGCUGUGGCACAGGGAGAGCGAGCAGCAGCCCCCGGCGCUGCAGCAGCCGCAGGCGCCGCCCGCCCCGCAGGCGCUGCAGCACCUGCAGCAGCAGCAGGCGCUGGCCGCGCCGCCCGCCGUCACCGCGCACGGCAGCCUGGCCAAGGUGAUGAACAAACCCCUGGCAUCCGGUGCCUACGUCCUUAACAAAGUCCCGGUGAAAAGGCGCCUUGGAGCAGCGGGUGGGAGCCAGCCUGAGCUCAGCCAGCCCGGGGCUGGCGUGGAGGAGUCUCAGAUAUUUCCUACUUCUACAAGCCACUCAAAAAUGGUUUACAGUUCUCCAAACUUGAAGACAACUCUGAAGUCUGGUGCAGGAUCUAAGCCUCAUGACGUGCAAGAAGCCCUUAAAAAAAAACAGGAGGCAAUGAAACUCCAGCAAGAUAUGAGGAAAAAGAAGCAGGAGAUGUUAGAAAAACAAAUAGAAUGCCAGAAGAUGUUGAUAUCCAAGCUGGAGAAAAACAAGGCCAUGAAACCAGAAGAGAGAGCAGAAAUUAUGAAGACUUUAAAAGAACUAACAGGAAAAAUAUCUCAGUUAAAGGAUGAAUUGAAAACUUCAUCUACAGCCUCCACACCAUCUAAAUUGAAGUCCAAAACAGAGGCACAGAAGGAACUGUUGGAUGCAGAGCUGGACUUCCAUAAGAGACUGUCCUCCGGAGAGGACACGACCGAGCUGCGCAAAAAGCUCAAUCAGCUACAAGUGGAGGCUGCCCGCUUAGGCAUCCUGCCCGCCGGCCGAGGGAAGGCGGCGGCAGCCCCGGGCCGGGGCCGGGGCCGGGGCCGUGGGGGCCGAGGCCGGGGCGUGCUGAACCACAUGGUGGUGGAUCACCGGCCCAAGGCCCUCACCGUGGGAGGCUUCGUGGAGGAGGAGAAGGAUGAAUUGUUACAGCACUUCUCUAAAUUUGGAGAUAUCGAAGAUCUUCAGGAAGAGGAUUCCCCAUUAAGUGUUGUUGUAACUUUUAAGUCCCGCUCAGAAGCUGAGAAUGCUGCUAACCAGGGAUCCCGCUUCAAGGACCGGCGGCUCCAGAUCUCGUGGCACAAACCCAAGGUACCCUCUGUGUCCACAGAAGUCGAGGAAGAGGAGCCCAAGGAAGAGGAGACUGAAACCUCAGAUUUAUUUUUGCACGAAGAUGAUGAUGAUGAUGAUGAAGAUGAGGAUGAAUCCCGUUCUUGGAGAAGAUGAAACUUGAUGUUCGAAAUGUAUAAUUUUAGGAAUAUAGUUCAAACUACAUCUUUUAAACGUUUAUUUAAGGAAGUUGAUGAGCCAAAAAGAGCUUUACUUUCUUUUCAAACCACAAAAUUUACCAUGAGCAGUUUGGUAUGAAAACAUUUGGGACACAGAGCUGUGAGACUGAGCUAGCCAAAGGCCCAGGAACUUCUUACAGGAUUAUCAAGCUCACCAGGGUGGUGAUUUUUUUCUAUUUAAGAAGGAUAAAAAGGGGGGAGGGGGUUGGAAAUCAGUAUUUUCUUUUCCUCUUUUUGUGUCACCUGUAUUACCUUGUUUUGGGUUUUUUAUAAUGUGAUUGGUUUGUUAGUUUAUAAUUGAAAAGAUAUUACAGGUUUUAUUUAGCAAUAUUACGAGGUUAGGGGAAAGACAAACUUUCAUUAAAUAUUAUGAAAGAAAAACUGGCCUCAUUUGCUCGUUGAAAAAAGGGAGCAUUUUAUUUCCUGUGGAGUCUCAUGUUGUAUGAGAAUUAUUUGUGGUUAGAUUCUUAAAUCAUUUACUUCAGUAUGUGUGACAGCCACGCUAUCUCUUUGUUGUGCUGCUUUUUGUGAGAGGAGGUGGAAGAAACAAUUUAACAGGAUAUUGUUAUAACAUUGUCCGGUUCACUCUGUUUCUCCAAAUUCUGCUUCGCAGAAAACAUCAGCGGGAGCACACACUGGAGUGGAUUUUCACUCCUUCUUGAUUUCCUUCUGUCAUUUCAGUGUAAGGCUCAGUGUAGGUCAGGCUGUUUAUUGCAUUUCAGUAUUUGUGAGCGAGAAUGGAAGGAGUUCCAGUCUUCCUCAAAAGCAGCUGCACUGGCCCCUGUCUCCCAGCCAGGAGCAACUCUCCUCUGGCUGUUCCCAGCUGUGUUCCAGGCAGAGCCCUGGGCUUCAGAGCAGGGUGGGUGAGAGCAGGGUGGGGUUCAGCCCACAGCACUGGGGUGUGCUGCUUAGCCAGCCCCACAGCAGGGUCCGGUGUCCCAGGGCUGCUCAGAGCUGGCCGUGCUGUGGGUGUCCCUGUGUCCCCUGUCAGUGUCUCUGUGC